AUGUCAGCUGCUUCAAGAAGCUGCGAGUUUCACUUCAUCAACCUCACCAGCGCCAUUUUCUACCGUCACUUGCAUACUCUUCAUCAUGGGACCUGGGAGCGCCACCCCAUCGAGGCGAUUCAUCCCCGCCAAGAAAUGAUUUGCCUCGCCCAGGCCACCAGAGCCCUCGGCAGCUUCAGUGGAAAGCAGCAGCAGCAGCAACAGCAGCAGCAGCAGCAGCAGCAGCAGCAGCAGCAGCAGCAGCAAUUGCUGUUUGUUAGUUUCCUUUUGCAGAUUCAAUACGCGGUUGUCUUGGCGGGCAUUGAGUACAUCAUUUGCUCAGAGUUCGAAAUCCCUGUGCUCGGCGAGAACAAGCACGUGAGCGCAAUGGGCUGCAACGUGGAUUCUCGCGCCCAGGUUCGUCGUCACUGUGAGAGAGACGCCAGAGGGGACUGCCUACCUGAAGAGUAA